CACGCCUUAAGCAAUGCAUAUUUGUUACCCGGAGCUCUUCCGCACUAUAUCUAUAGACCUCAUCACUCUUAUACAUCCUGUUUGUUAGGGAAAAGAACGCUCGACUCUUUUCCGAAACCGAAAAAGCCCACCUGCGUGUAUGUCAGCUUUCUUGUACCCACCAUCCAUUGUCGACAGCAUCUUGAGCUGUGACACAAACCUUUUUGCUUGGUGUGCUGGCUUGCAAACCUCAAAGAGAGCGGGAAGGGGAGAAAUGAUGAAGAGGGCGGGUGGGAGCAGCAUGCAUCCGUUUGGCAAUGACACUGCUCUCCACUGCCGAAAAGCUGUUGGAGGAGUCUACAGGCUGCUGUAUCGAUCUCGGACAGGAGGGAGAUGGAGGCGAACUAACUCGCAGCUAACAGCUUUGGGAGGCAGGGAGUCUGGUGGUGCUAAGAGUGUCUGAUCAAUUCGCCGGCUGCCCCACGCGCCCUUCCCUGCCCCACGACGUCAACUGGAGGGCGACGCAGGGACAGGCACAAGUGCACUCGACCGUGCUCGCACGAGAACAGGACAAGAUGAUGACAUGGACAUGCCACAAACAUGAGUAAAUCCCGGGCAACGUUGCUGGAGCUAGUUAGGAUGCUGCUCCUGCUGUCCCUGUGUCAGGUAGACGGGGCGUUGUCUGUGGACAGAAGCCAGGACUGGGUGCAGGAGCCGCGCUGUCCUCGCCAGUGCAACUGCUCCUACAGCCUCUUGCCCACCUUCUUCAAGCGCCUGUACACCGUCGACUGCACCGGCGCCGGCCUCUCCAACCUGCCCGCCGACAUGCCCAACACUACCGAGGCGCUGCUCUUCUCGCACAACCGCAUGCUGAACUUGUCCAGCCUCCCGCCGCUGCUCAGUCUCCGCCUGCUGGACCUCUCCUACAACCAGAUCCGGAUCCUGGACAACCACUGGGUCUUCGAGCACAUGGAGCAGCUGCGGGAGCUGAACCUUCAGGGCAACGAUCUAAAGCUGCUGCAGCACGGCAGCUUCAGUGGCCUAAAGAAUCUGGACGUACUGGACUUGUCCCGCAACGCCAUCACGACAAUCGAGCUUCACGCGUUUGGCGGCUUGAACCACCUCAGCGUUCUCCGCCUGGGAUAUAACCAGCUCUUCGAGCUCAAGAGGCCUUGGCUGCUCUCCAUGACCUCUCUGAAUGAGCUAUACGUGCCUGGAAAUCACAUCGCUAGGAUUGAGGAGAAUACUUUCGACAAGCUGACAUCGCUGCUCCAUUUAGACAUUUCUAAUAAUGCUUUGAGGAAAAUAGCUGAAAAUGGCUUUAACGGCUUAGGUCUGGUAAAGGUGCUCAACAUGUCCGACAACGACAUUGUGUUUAUUCCGACGGCCGAACUGCAGCGCUUGUCAAGCCUCGAUAUUCUUCUGCUGGACGGCAACAAGGUUGAGAGUCUGGAGGAGGGUGAUUUCGAGAACAUUCUGGUCUCUUCUCUUUCGCUUAGCUUUCUUCCGCGCUUGAAGACAGUCAAGAGAGGUGCAUUUUCCAAUAUGACACGGUUACGAACGCUACAGCUGCACGAUAACCCGAACCUGAUCUUCAUCCACCCUCUUGCCUUCCAGAAUGUUCCUCUGCUCCACCGGCUCUUUCUCCACAAUAAUCAGCUUAUUGCUCUGUCGUCCACCAUCAGAGACAACGUACCCAGUCUCGACGAGCUCCAUCUCUACCACAACCCUCUUCACUGUGACUGCAACAUCUUCUGGCUAAAGCGAGACAUCGUCGACGCGACUUCCGAGGGCAAUGCCAGUACCAUGUACAUCAAGGAGCCCGAUCGACUGCUGUGCAACACUCCCAGCCUGAACAACAAGACCCUGCUAGCAAACAUCUCUGAUGAGUACCUGUCUCCGGUGUGCCCGCCCACAACUCUGCCCUUCUUCUCCGACACGCAAAACGUCAGCAUCGGCGACGACCUGUAUCUAGAAUGUCAAGCUAUAGGAGUUCCAGAGCCUAAGAUCUCUUGGAUCCUACCGGGUGGUCGUCAUGUCAACAGAACCACUGACAGUGAUAUAGUAUCGGGAGACAACACCGCCAUCAGAGUGACAGGGAUGCAGCUUUCUGACCAGGGGACCUACAUCUGCCAAGCAUCAAACUCGAUCGGCCUUGACACCAGCUCUACGGCCGUUCAUGUCCAGAACAAGGAUUUAAAGCUGGCCAUCACAGACGUUUCCAACGAUUACAUCACCGUAACGUGGAUCGGCUCUAUACCCCGUCUACAGAUCUCCAACUUUCAGAUUUUCUAUCGUAGGAGUGGUAGCGGGGGUGACUACAACAAGGUGUACCUGCACGGGUCCAUGCACACCUGCACGCUCGUGGGGCUCGUGCCGAUGACUUCCUACGAGAUCUGCAUCGUGUACAGGGAAGUGUACAACGUGCAGUGCCGCAACUUCACCACGGGCCACAGCGUGAAGAUGGUCGAACCUGGCAUCACUCGCGUCAGCGUGGCCCGCAUCGUGUCCGGGGUGUGCGCGGUCAUCGGCGUUCUUUUCAUCAUGUGCGUCGCGCGGGUCGUUUUGCGACGCAUGCGCAAACGCAAGGACUACGAGGAUCCGCUAAAAGAGAACGGCGAGAUGGACAAGAUCCCGCUGGAGCCCAUGAACCAGACCCCAGGAACUCCUCUGUGCUCAUCACGCACGGCGCUUCUUCCACAUUCCCAAAUCUAGACACGCUCCGUUUUGUUUGUCAACAAAGAUGCUUCUUUUAAGCGUUAUGGUAAAUCAGAUGAAGCAUGCAUGCAUGAGCUGCGCAAAUCGUUGUUAGAGAUUCAUUCAUUGCUCCUUGCGUGUUCUUUACAGGGUGAACCAGUAGUUACUGGUGUUUGACCCCGCGUGAUCAAGGCCUUCUAAUGUAGCCCUGUAACCAUUGCCAUAUUAAGAGAAAAGUUUCUUCAUAUCUAAACCUACGACCCUCACUGUCUUGAUGACAAUGACUUAUCGCUGCCACCGGAUGUCACGAUCACCUUAUUUUUAAGAUCCCAAACACGAUUGUCAACAACCCGAUGAAAAUCGAUUUGAAUUUUUUACCCAGCUUUUCUGCUGUGUUAUACUCAACGAUAACAACAUCUGCUGGACUGUUAUAUGACUGUUGUGUUUGAUCAAUAUCAGUAUAAUGUCAGUAUGCAUCCAUUUGCGACAUCAUCGGAGAAAAAAAAUAUAUAUAUUGAAGAAUAUGGGGAGCAGACUAUGGAGGGAAAAAUCGUUGCAGCUACACUAUCUCACGCUUCUUACAAACAAAACUAAAUAUAAUUAUGUUGACGUUGUUUUCGAAGUCUGAGACUCUGGCAGCCAUGCAACCAGUGGCAGAUGAUGACACAAGAUAAUACCAAAAGAAAUGAGAAGAAAAGAAAUAACAUACUAUAAACUAAAUCCCGCCGCCUGGAAUAAGACCUGGGGUAUUAAUGAUAUCAUUCGCCGCUGAGAAUCAUAUCACAGCACUACUAUACACCUCCAUCGUCUUUUGAGCGUUGCCAUUAGUUCUGGCGCCAAGGAGCAGGGGGAAGGGGUCUGCAGGUAAUGUCGGCAAAGGUAGCCACGCAAGGUAAACAAUAUUUCAGCAUUCAAUCUGGGAAAUUUAUGGCCACCACUCAGAGCUGAUUUUAUCAAAUUUUAUCAAAAGAUGAAAUAAUACAUGGAAUAGUUAAUGUAACAAUAUAAAAUGGCUGGUCUUAAUUCACGUAGACCUCGUCACUUCAUAAUCUGCAUUUUCAGAAACAAAAUAAAAAUUGCUGUUUUUUGUUUUCAUGUUUUUAUAUGUGCUAAUAAUAGGGCAUCACGCUUGGAACAAUGACUUGCACCAAUACUAUGAUUCACAAAUGUAAUAUGCCAAACCGGAAUGAAUGUAAAUAUUAUACAACUAAUAAUCGAAAAAAAAUGCAACAUAAACGUGUGACGGGUCAAUGGGAAAUGUGAGUAAUCUAUACAUCUAGCCCACAUCAGGUAACAUCAGGUCGGUGGGUGAAAAUUAGAGCUGGAAUAACGAACAUAUCGUGUCCUCGUCCACGAGCGGAAAGGUGAGAGGGACUGUUUACUACUUUACACAUAUGUAUUUGGUGAUUAUUAGGAAUGACGGUGAGAAAGCGGUUAAAGCUAUUUUGUAAUCUUGCCCUGUGAACUGAAAGGUCGGGGGAGGAAAGCAACACUGCAUGGCAGCUAAUGAUUACAUUGUGUGCCAAAUCUGAUCAUUAGUGUUUAUCUUCUGCAACAGUUCACCAGAAGAUUUUGAUAUUUCAAUUUUUUUAAAAGUAUAUCACGCUAGCUAGAAUAUUUUGUUCUGUAAAUCUGUAAAGAAUUACACAAUUUUGUGUUAAUUUUACAUUCGCACUGCCAUGGGAGGGAAAGGUCGGAAGACGGCGCCGUGAUGAUUCAAGAUGUAUACAAUUUUUUUCCAUCUGAUAGAAAUUAAUCAAAUCUGUGCACAGCAAAGAAAAAUAAAAGGAAACCCAUGUGUUCACACACUGCGUUUAAGUGUUCUUCAUGAACGCUCAUAGCUAUGUCUAUGUAGAAAUCAUUUUUUCAGACUUCACCUUAUAGAAUUCAGACUUUAUAAAUCUGUUACCGGAAUACACCCUUCGUUCCCCUACCCAAUUAUCUUUCUCUUAAAAAAAAAAUGGAGAGAGAUGCGAGCUCGCCAAAGUUAAAACUUAGUACAGUAAACUGGAUUCUGUUUUUGUGUAUUAUGUUACUGAACUUACUUUCGUUUAGUAUCCCAUGGACACAAUUCUGAACUUUGUCUAUUCUAUGAGUGCGCGCGCAUGUUUGUAGGUAAAAUACCAAAGUCACCAGGGCAGAAUGAGAAAGGGCAUCGUGUUUAAAAGCUUGAACGAUUCUAUCGUCUAAUUUUAGGAUAGAACAUGAUUGGCAUGGCAACUGGGCGAAUGGCAUGGCGCUUUGGUACUUGGAUCGACCUACGUGUUGAACGUAACUGGCACCUUUGCUCGUGGCCUAGCUUUGGUCUCUCGUUUUAUACCGGUCCCGCCGAAAAACACAACCUACAAAUGAAGCUGUAACAGUGUUUCAUUCUGAGGUAUUCACGAUGCGUUCAUCUGUUCCUUCAUGAAAAUUUAACUUAUGGGCUGCAAAGACAGGGAAUUUCUUCAACAAAAAUUGCACACCAUUUCAAAGAGAAUCAGCUUGUGUUACACAGGUGCUUUCAUGUAUGCACUUUAAUUGCUUUGUCAUUUGUGAACUUGGAAUUCUACAAGAAUUUGUCAUAUAUAAUAUACAUGUUUGAAGUAGUUUUUAGAACAUGCAACAUGAAAAAUGAUUUGUCGCCGUCUUCCUGUUACCAUAAUUUGAUGACCAGAACGUCUGUAUGUGCAUUUUUUUCAUUAUUAAACUUGUACUCUCAUACUUCCCACAAGAAAUCAUAACAUGAUUACCUGAAUGCUGAAUGAAACUGAAGUCAUGCUCUACAUUUUCCUUUCCACAUCACUUUGUAAAUGGCUAAAUGGUUAGUCUUUUAAAAGCAAUUGUUUCGCAAACUAUCAAGAUCAGCAACUUACAACUACCUUCAUAUUUUUUACCCUCAUGUAAAAGUAGACCUAGAUGUUCCUAUGUUUCUGUAAGUGGUAAAUAUGAAAUUAAACUAUAGUUUCCUUGUUCAGUUAUGAAACUUUAAAUAACGUGAAUUUUGUGCUUCUUUGACUGCUGCAUCUGCCAUUAUUUCAAGUUGAAAGUUUACUUUUUUAAAUUUUCAAAUAACGAUGCAUAUCUACAUCACUUAACAAUUAAGGAAAACAAAGGAUUAGAAUAAAGGAUUAAAAGACAGUACUAUUUAACUCGUUGUGCCCAAGUUGCAACAUAAGCUACAUCAUAUGACAAAAUAGAAUAAAAAAAAAUAAUCUUUCCAUUACCUGAGAAGAUUUAAUACACAAUGCAUCUAAUGCAUGGUAAUAUAAAGUUUUCUUCUAGUAUUUUAGAAGAAAAAUUGAUAGGUCAAUAGGCUGAUUUGAAAAGAAAAUGAGAAAUUACUAUCUCAAAGAAAUAUUGCAAGUCAUAAAAUGUCUCUGAGAAAAAGUAAAGAUAAAUAAUACUGAUUAUCCAUGGGAAGGCAAAGAGAGGGUUAUAUUGCAAAUAUACAUUAAAUUAUAGCAUUUUUUAAUUUCAAAAAUAAAAUCUCUGAACUUGCCAAAUAUAAAUUUUUGAAUCAUUUGCACAAGCCAGUGUAACAAUGUCACCAAGUUUUUGAGCAUUUUCUGACAGAAACGAAAUACAGUCUUCUCAUUGACUCUUUUGACUGAAAUAUAAAAGAUCUGAUGUAUGUCAUCAAAACCAAUGCUUAUGAAAUAUUUGAGAUUUGCUCCCAUUCCUUUACAUUUUCAGAGGUACAGAGUUUGAAGUUGUACAUAUCUUUUUAUGAACACAUUUUACUGUUGGAAUGAAGGCAAUUUGCUAAAUAAUCAAAACCUUCAUGAUUUAAAUUGGCUGUAUGCUUGUGUGAACUUACAAUAAGCAAUAAAUGGUUUUGCCAUAUUUCAGUGUGGAGUGUCAACUAUCAUUACAUCUAUGGAAGAAAGAAGAUGAAAAAGAACUUCACUGGUCUGUUUGAUGGGGAGAUCAUAUAGUGACACUAAACAGUUUAAGAUUAUCAUGGGUCACACAGGUCUGACCAUACAGAAAAUAAGGACCUGGAAACCUUUUAUAAGGACCAUUCAAGGACAUUUUCAAAACAUUUAGAUGAAACUACAGGUCAUCUUUCAGUGGUAUUUCCUUUUAUUACGAAUAAACAGAUUAAACAAGGAAAAUAUAACCUGGGGCACCCAUUUAUUAGCCAUUUUGUUAUAAGGGUUUAAGAAGAUGUAAUCACCUUUAUCGUAACAUUAUGCAACUGCACUAAAACACAUUUGUUGGAAUGUCCACAUUAUUAUUUCCUUAAUUCAUCCAGUCAAGUUCUAUCUUUAUUUGACGUAACCUGUUUCAAUCUGAGACACAAUGAUUCUUUUAAUGGUUCCAUCUUUUGCAAGAGGGAUCUUUUUGCUCCCCCUCCUCUCUAUCCUCUGUGUGUGUGUGUGUGUGCAAGAAAGUGAGGAGAGAAAUUAUUGAAAUGGUGAACGUUUCUUUUAAAAUAAUAAGGUGAAUGAAUUGCUUUUUCUUUACUUGGGAGAUCUGAACAUGCCAUUCAAAAACCAAAUUUUAAAAAAUUACAUUAUGCUUUUUCAAUAACUUCUUUCUUUUAUUUAUUUAUUUUUUUUUUGCUGUGAAGCUGAUUUUCACUAUUUUUUUCAAAAUAUGCUAAUUUAAGUUUUUCAAAUCUCAACAUCCACAAGUUCUGAAAAACAGCAGCACUUUUUAAAUAAUUUUUUCAUAACCUACCAUAACGAGGUUUUAAGUAUUGUUUUUAGUAGCAAAAGUCUUAAAACACCCCUGCUUCUACUCAAUCUGAAAACCACAUUUUAGAAUUGGAUG